AUGGGCGCGCCGGUGCUGGGGGCUCGGCCCCCGAGCCACGUGGCUUACUACGUGGCGCUAGGUGGCGUCGUCGUCCUCUUGUUACUACUCUGCUGUUACUUCUUCUAUUUUUGCAUAAAGAGGGUCAAAGAGCUGGCACGGCAAGAGUACUCCACGCCGGCACCGUCGCCACCACGGCCGAGACCACCAGGUCCACCAGCUACCACCUCUUAUCCUGUACAACCAGUGGUACGCGACAGCGCAUCCGCGAUGGCCAAGCUGUGUCGCCAGCUACCGUCGCAGCCAGUGGGAGGGACGGUGUACCCUACGACCAGCUCCCCGACACCACCACCGCCAGUCAACAAGCUACCAGCACCUAUCAUAGCUCCGCUGCCCACCAUCAACGAGCCUGCUGCUCGGUAGAUGGUGACCUGGACACGUAGCUGGGUAACCGAGCUUCGAUAUUUUUAUUUUAUAAAUGCAGUGCAAUUGAUAAUACCACAUAUAAUAUAUGAUAAAAAAAUUGCGAUGUGGUUGAUUUAUAUGCGGUCGAAAAGGAAGCGUAUUGAGAAGUAUACCUGUGAAAUCUCUCGAGAAUUUUCUAAAAGGUCUUGUCCUGUCUAGAACCAACAAGAUUUUAUGAAAUACUAGCUUUUGCCCGCGGGGGAUAAAG